AUGGGGAAGGGUGACAUUGAGGCUGGGUUCUCCCAUGCACAUAUGCAUGGCAAUAGCAAUAGCCUCUAUCCAUCGAUGAUAGAAUCACCGGAGCUACGGUGGGGAUUCAUACGCAAAGUUUACACUAUUGUUUCUGUUCAGCUUCUUUUCACUGCUGCAUUCGCUGCCCUCUUCAUCUUCGUUCCAGUUGCAAGGGAUUUCGCUAGGUAUAAUAAUUAUCGCCUCUUGGUGUUCUUUGGAGCCGCCAUUUUCUCAUUCAUACUUUUGUUUGUCUUGAGCAAAUAUUACAAUAAACACCCCGUGAAUCUCGUUCUUCUUGGUCUCUAUACCCUCGGCAUGUCUAUUACAGUCGGAUUUGCUUGUGCUUUUGUCGAUGCAAAGAUCGUCCUAGAGGCUGCAUUGCUGACGGGUGUGGUGACCGGGAGCCUGACUAUGUACACAUUCUGGGCUGUAAAAAGAGGCAGCGAUUUUAGUUUCCUAGGACCCUUCCUCUUUGCUUCCCUUAUGGUCAUGUUGUUGUUCGCAAUCAUUCAAUUGAUUAUCCCUCUUGGACCCACGGGGCGUAUGCUCAUUGCUGGCUUCGGUGCACUAAUAAUGUGUGGUUUCAUCGUAUAUGACACUAAUGACCUCAUAAAAAGAUUUAGCUACGAUGACUACAUCUGGGCUGCUAUUGCCAUCUACGGUGAUAUUAUCAACCUCUUCAUCUACCUGCUUACAAUUUUGAAUGAUCUCUAA